AUUGCGAAAAAGAAAUACGCACGCAAUUUUAAAUGUUUUUUGCUCGUACGAAUGCGUAACUGAAUGUUUGUAUGUCUGUGCAACCAAUAUUAGCUGCUAUUUGGAGCUUUGUUGCGCCACAUGGCGUCGAACGCCAAUGACCAAUAAAAUACGCCAACAAAUGAAAAGGUUAAGCCGCCAAAUUAAAAUUUGUGCAAACAGGGCGCACAGUAAACGAACAGCAGAAGCAAUGAAAACAAACAAUAACAAGGAAAAAAUACAUACAUACAUGUGGGGUGGAAACCCUAACUCGAAUAUCCAGCUGUAAGAAGUGAAGAAUGAUGGCAACUACUGGUAGAGCGAAGACAAAAUUGCGAAGAACGACGAGUGAGUUAAGACAAAGACGGCGGAAAAGACGGUUCGCUUUUAAAGACGUACAUAUCUGUAUAAUAAUCCUGAAUUUUAACUUUCAAUUUCAUUUUGUUUAAUUCUAAAUAAAUGCUACUACUUUGCUUGUACUUUAAUUUGAUAUCGAUAAACUUUGUAAUUAAUAAACUUUGAGUGAAGAAUUACCAUAAAUAUGGGGGCUCAACCAAUGCCUUGUAGUGCGGUAGUGUAAUUUAUAAAAACGGUUUAAUUUCUUAAUUCGUGUGACCGAAAAACAAGUAGCAACAAUCCUGUGACUGAAUUAAUGUGAUUAAAUAAAAGAAAUUUGCAUUUCACAAUGUCGCGUUUGUUUGAUUUCGAGAAUGUUCGAAGAAAUUUGCGUGUUUCCAAUAAGAAAAAUAUUGUGGCUUUACAUAAGUAUGUAUUUGGGAGAGAAGGCGACAGAGACAACAGAAAACGAUUAAGAGAGUUCGCGGGUUUUGAUUUCAAUGAAUACGAUGAAAAAUAUGCAAAGAAGUGCGAAUAUAUUAAACAAAACCUAAAGGAGUGCGAUUUAAUUUCAAUUUGUAAUUUGCUUACAAUUAAUUACGAUGAACAUGAUAUGAUACUGCAUAUUUUCCACAAUCUGCAAAAUGGACAUUUGUUAAAUGAAGGUUGUCGCGAUGAAGAUAGUGAAACAGAGAACGAAGACGAUGAAGUUGAAAGUGAAGAGAAUAUUAGUGAAAACGAAUCGGCAGGCCACGCAGGCGCCAACGCGACCAACGAGUAUAAGAAAGCUACAAAAAUGCAAAACAGAGAAGGUAGCGCACGCCGAAAGCGUCAACAGAGUGAAAUGAGCAACGAGUGUUUCGUGUCGGUAGAAAACGAAGAAAACGGUGUAAACAAAAAUAUACCCAGAAUGCAAUUACCGAAAUUCGUGAUGAACUUCCGCGAUAUCGAGGACUCUAUCCGUAUGUUUGAUGGCACCGAAAAAAUGCCGGUAAACGUGUGGAUUGCAGAAUUCGAAGAGACUGCAGCAAUGAUGGGGUGGGAUGAUUUCCAAAAAUUUGUAUUCGCAAAGAAAUCACUCAAAGGUAUUGCUAAAUUGUUUGUGUCUAGCGAGAGGGGUAUAGUUUCGUGGAAUAAACUGAAGGCUGCAUUGCUUAGCGAGUUUAAAACAACAACAAAUAGCGCAACGCUUCACAAACAAAUGUCUGAAAGGAAAAUAAAGAGUGAUGAGUGUAUACAAGAAUAUUUUUUUACGAUGCGUGAAAUGGCAUCAAGGGGAAAUAUUGACGACAAUGCGUUGAUGCAAUAUGUCAUUGACGGCAUACGAGAUUUGAGUGUUAAUAAAUCUAUUUUAUACAAUGCCACAAAUAUGCAAGAUUUUAAGAGCAAAUUAAAAUGCUAUGAAAAAAUUCGUGAAAAGAAUAAUGAAUUUAAUGCCCAGACGAGUGACAAGAAGUCAGUAAUAAACAAAAGAAAUAGAGACAUUAUUUGUUUUAAUUGUGGUGGAAAAGACCAUUUAUCAAGCAAUUGCGAAAAUAAAGCGUUAGGACGCAAAUGCUUUAAGUGUAAUAAAUUUGGGCACAUAGCGAAUGAAUGUGGUGUGAAAAAAGAUAGCAAACCCAAAACAAAUGUUAAUUAUAUGAGUACAGAAGACGAUGCCUUGAACAAAAGUAUUGAAAUAGGCGGAAAGAAAUUCAUCGCCUUAUUAGACACUGGAAGUAAAUUCAAUUUGGUUACACAAAAUGUAUUUCAACAUUUAAAUAAGCCUGAACUGCGCGAGGUACAAAUUCAAUUAGUGGGUGUUGGUGAAAAACGCAAUGAAAAUAAAAUUAAACCAAUUGGUAGUUUCAAAGAAACUGUAAGAAUUGAUGACGAUUAUUUUGAAAUGAACUUUUUAGUAAUUCCAUCAAAAUGCAUAGACGUCGAAGUUGUUAUAGGGCGUGAAAUAUUGCAAGAAGCCUGGAUAAGUUUAAAAGGGGGUAACGUUUUCAUUCGAAAGUUAAAUUCAAGUAAAGACUUUUCUUUUUUAAAAAUAGACGUCGAGUUUAAAUACAAAAGCCAAAGUAUGUGCAAUGAUUAAUAAUUAUAAGCCCAAUGGGCAAAAGUGCACGAAUGUUGUUAUGGACAUUAUUGUAACAGACGAAACGCCUAUAUGUUCAAGACCGCGUAGGCUGCCGUUUACCGAAAGAUGUAUCGUCGACAGUAAAAUUGACGAAUGGCUAAAAGAAGGCAUUAUCGAACCAAGUGAGUCAGAAUUUUCUAGCCCAAUAGUCCUUGUAAGAAAACGCGAUGGUUCGCCUAGACUUUGUAUCGAUUAUAGGCGAAUCAAUAGAGUAAUAAUAAAAGACAAUUUUCCUUUGCCUCUGAUCGAGGAUCAAUUAGAGGGACUGCAGGAUGCAACCAUAUUUAGCACGAUUGAUUUAGAAAACGGUUUCUUCCACGUUCCCGUGGCUCAAGCUAGCCGAAAAUAUACAGCCUUUGUGACCCACAGUGGUCAAUUCCAGUUUUGUAAGGUUCCUUUUGAAUUAACCAACUCACCAGCAGUUUUUCAACGCCACAUCAACGCGGUUUUUCGAGAACUUACACGCAAAGGCAUAGCACUGCCAUACGUUGAUGACAUAAUUAUUCCCGGUAAAGACGAAAAUGAAGCAUUAAGCAAUUUGCAAGAAGUUAUUGAUUUAUGUGCUGAUUACCAAUUGAAGCUAAAUUUGAAAAAAUGUCAGUUUCUGAAAAAGAAAAUCGAGUUUUUGGGGCAUGUUAUUGAAAAUAAACAAGUGGCACCAUCAGAACGCAAAGUUGAGGCAAUUUCAAAAUACAAAAUGCCACAGAACAUGAAGCAAUUGCAAAGUUUUCUGGGUUUAGCAAGCUAUUUUCGUAAAUUCAUAAAAAAUUUUGCUGUAAUAACCAAACCUUUGACAGACUUAAUGAAGAAAGACGUAAAAUUGGAAAUUGGUCCAAACCAAAUAAACGCUUUUAAUGUCGUAAAACAAAUUUUGACUGAAAAACCCGUACUUAAAAUUUUUAACCAGAAGUGUGAGACGGAAAUCCAUACAGAUGCCUCCAUCGAGGGUUAUGGAGCUAUACUAUUACAGAAAUAUCCAGAAGACGGCCAACUUCACCCCGUGUAUUACAUGAGUAAAAAAACGUCGGAUGCUGAGCGGAAAUUUUGCAGUUAUGAACUGGAAAUACUGGCUGUCAUAGUAGCGUUGAAAAAUUUUCGAGUCAAGAGAAAUCCACAUUUAACGACUUUAUUCUCAAAGGGGAUUUGCUUUACAAAAUUGUUAAGGAUUCUGAACUCUUGGUAGUCCCUCGAGCGCUACAGCGAGAAAUAAUUAGGAACGCACAUGAGAGAGGCCAUUUUGCUUUGAAGAAGACUAAAGAUCUCAUCACAAAAGAAUACUUCAUUCCGAAUUUAGAAGAAAAAAUAAAACAACACAUAUCUUGCUGUAUAACAUGUAUUAUCUCGAAUCGUAAACAAGGUAGACAGGAAGGGGAGUUACAUCCAAUUCGAAAAGACGAUAUUCCUUUGUAUACGUAUCACAUUGAUUUUGUGGGUCCACUGGAAACGACGUGCAAGCAAUAUAAGCAUAUACUGGUUGUUGUAGACGCGUUCACCAAAUUUUGUUGGCUAUAUCCCACAAAAUUUACGUCAGCCGAUGAAGUUAUUAAAAGAUUGCGAAGUCAAAGCGUACUUUUUGGAAAUCCCUAUCAGAUUAUAUCCGAUCGUGGGUCUGCUUUUACAUCAGACGCCUUCAAACAAUAUUGUGAGCUUGAGAAUAUCAUUCAUCGGAAAAUAACCACUGGUCUUCCACGCGCAAACGGCCAGGUGGAACGAAUAAACGACGUUGUGAGUACAGUUUUAACUAAACUUAGUACAGAUGACUCAACGAAAUGGUAUAAAUACGUUGAGAAAGUCCAGCAAGUUCUUAAUUCAACAUUCUCCAGAAGUAUUGAUAUGACGCCAUUUGAACUGCUCGUAGGUGUCAAAAUGAGAACGAAAGAAGAUGUCAAGCUUUAAGAAUUAAUUGAAAAGCAAUUCGUUGAAUCAUUUAGCGAAGACCGAGUUGAACUACGUAAGCAUGCAAAAUCUCAAAUCCUAAAGACGCAAACUGAAAACAAAAAAAGCUACAAUCUACGACGAAAACCACCGAAAACAUACAAAAUCAGUGACUUAGUGGCGAUAAAAAGGACGCAGUUUGGUGGGGGACUUAAACUAAAACCGAAGUAUUUGGGUCCGUACCAAGUUAUUAAAGUCAAACCAAGCGAUACUUAUGACGUCAUAAAGGUGGGCAAUAGUGAAGGUCCACGAAACACGACGACAUGUGCUGAAUACAUGAAGCCAUGGUUAUUUCACAUCGACGACGACGACGGUACAUUCGAGGCGAAUGUGUAAUAGGAUGGCCGAAUGUGGGGUGGAAACCCUAACUCGAAUAUCCAACUGUAAGAAGUGAAGAAUGAUGGCAACUACUGGUAGAGCGAAGACAAAAUUGCGAAGAACGACGAGUGAGUUAAGACAAAGACGGCGGAAAAGACGGUUCGCUUUUAAAGACCUUGGUCCUGCUGCUGCGGGAAGAGGUAUGUUUUGCUAUCAGUGCCCGCCAUCGUUGCAUCCAUGUGGACCACAUCCAUCACGUUUGCCUACGCUGGAUUAUCCGUUUGCUGCUACGCA